CAAAAUUCGGUGACAAAGUUAAUGGUUUGAUGGUUUUUGCACAAAAAGAAUGUGGUAGUACCGUAAUAUCAGGUAUUUUCCGGGAUGGAUUAGUAGACCCUGAAAUGAAUAAUUACACUUUUGUUGUCCAAGAACCUUGUGGUAAAGCAAGAGACAUCACAAAAGAUUUGAACAUUAAAUUUGUUAAUGGUGGAACGGAUCCUUUCACUGCUGUGAUCC